AUGGGCAAUACACAUUCUGCUUCUUCUGUUCAUUCAGCACCUAAUCAUACUUUUCAACAUAUAUCAAGGUCCCCUAGCAAUACUAAGGGACUUCGACGAUUUGGAUCCACAGCCACUUUAAAAAGACUCUAUCACCAUCAUAAUGUCUCAGCAGCCACCAUGCCAUCUAAAGCCUUAGCUUGGAAGAACCAACAUGGAGAACGUAUUCUGGAUAUUGGCAAACCUACUAAAUUUGAACAUGGGAUACAUGUCGAAUACGAUGAUGACAGUGGCAAGUUUAUGGGUCUACCUGAUGUCUGGCAAGGGGAUUUCCCAAGUGAUGAUAUUCUUGACACAACAUGCUUACAUCCAAGUCUUGUGCCUAUCUGUGAAUCCCCACAAGAUGCAGCCAUAGGACAGCCCUUUAAUAUUCAGCAUCAUAUCCAUGUUGAAUUAGAUGAGGAUGGUGUUGGAUUCAAAGGUUUGCCUAAAGAAUGGCAACAUGUCCUGAGUAAAUCAAGCUAUCGACAGAAAUGGAAUGAAAAGCGGACCAUGAAAAUAGUCGAGAGUCCUGAUGCCAUGUUUCGUACAGAAUUACCAGCCAUUCAACCAAAGGAAUCUUCAUUUUCAACAGAAGUAUUAGAGGCAGUCCAAGAGAUUCAACAUGAAGAAGAAGAAGAAGAAGAACAAGAACAACAACAAGAACAACAACAAGGUAAAGACCACGUGAUAAGGAGCGUUGUUGAUCUCUAUUUAGAUACACCCGCCAUUACAAAAUCAAGUUUACCACCCAUACCAAUAGUCACACAGGAUAUUGCAGACAAUCCAACCAAAGAUCCAAGCAGUAUUUAUCAUCAAUUUGAAUUGAUUGCAGAGGGCGAAUCAGGUCCACUUUAUGCUGCUAAACAUAUAGCCACAGACCGUGCAGUAGCCAUCAAAAAGAUCCCCAAGACAGCCACAGCUAAGAUGAGUAAAAUCAAGCAUGAGUUGAUCACCAUGAAAAUGAGUCGACAUCCAAAUGUGGUUGAGUUUAUUACGAGUUAUAUGACAGAAGAGGAGAUUUGGGUGGUGAUGGAAUUGAUGGACAUGGCCUUAUCCGACAUCCUUGCAUUAGAAAAUAGUGAACAAGAACCUUGUAUCUGUAUUGAAGAGAGUUUGAUUGCGCGUAUCACAAGAGAUAUCUUGAGAGCAUUAACUCGCAUUCAUCGACUGAAUCGCAUUCACCGUGAUAUUCGUAGUGACAACAUUCUGAUGAAUGUGCGUGGUGAUGUCAAACUAACUGAUUUCAGUCAAUGUGCUCAAUUAAGUCCAUCUGAACCCAAGCGACAUUCGAUUGUAGGUACACCUUAUUGGAUGGCACCUGAAGUCAUUACAGGCCAAGAAUACGACACCAAAGUGGAUAUUUGGAGUUUAGGUGUCUUGCUCUAUGAAAUGGCACAGAAUGCACCCCCUUAUAUAGAACAUCCUCCCUUAAAAGCACUGUAUUUAAUUGCUGCUCAUGGAUUACCUUCGUUGUAUGAACCAGAUCGUUGGUCUGAUCAUUUUAAAGACUUUUUAGCACUCUGUACUACCAUGGAUCCCUCUCAAAGACCAGAUACAAACACACUUUUAAAACAUCCUUUUAUUACGACUUCAGUAGGCACAACAGAAGACAUGAUUUCUUUAAUUGAAAGAGCAAGACAUAUUGAAACAAUUCAACAAUUAGAACAAGAUGAAGAUGUGAUUGAGAAAGAUCUUGCUAUUUAA